AUGGCAAUAGAGUGUGAUGUGGAAAUCACUUCCGAGUUUUCAGGCUAUUUGAGCGAAGAUUGGAUGUACUAUUGUUGUAGUAACGAGAUAUCAUUGUAUGACUUCAACCCUUCAACAGAGCAACUUGAAUUUGUUGGUGUCUGUGGGAAAUUUGUGUUUCUCAAAUCUUUAGCACAGCAACGGAUAGCUAUAGCAAUCAAAGAUAAUGAACGGCCACUCCUUUUUGUUUUCAGAGAGUUGGAUCCUUUGUGCACAGUUGAAUACGAAAAUUACACAAUCAAAUUUCAUAACAACGGAUUUCUAUUUGCGAUUGUUUUUACAGACGAUGAAGAGUGUAAGCGGUGCUUUGAGUGCAUUAACAGACAGGUUAUCAAGCACUUUAACAAAUUACUGAAAAGAAAGAAAUUGACUCCGGAAGAUGCACGCGCGUCAGAAAUCAAAUUGACGGAGGUUGUGGACAACGCAAUGAAGUUCGGAAGCGAUGACGAAAAAAUUAAACACUAUUUAAACUGUACACUACCAUAUUACCACUUACCAAACCCAUUCAAAAAACUUGGGAUACCACAGACCGUGGAUUUGGCUGUGAACUUACCGCCAGAGAUUGAAGUGCCUGACCCUACAACCAAUCAAAGAAAGGGGAUGGGCUUAAAUCCCCCAGUAAUACCAAUACUUGUGUUACAAAGUUUGUACAAAGAAACAACACACCCGGAAAUUGACACGGAACAAGAGAGCCAUAGCGCAGGAACUCCCAGGAAGGUUGGGAGUAGGCUCACCAUCUCGGAAUUCAAAUUGAAGACUUCAAAAAGCGCAGCAACCGAUUUAGCACUUUCAAAUUUCUACCCAAAGGGAUCGCUCUCGCCUCGAAUGUCAAGAAGCAGAACACCAAGGUCGAGCAGGUUGCUCCCACUCAACACAGAGUAA